AUGUACUAUAUUCUUUACCUGGCAAGUCUCUGCCGCCGCCGCCACUGGCAAGAACCUUCCUACGAAGCCUACACCGCCCAAACAGGGUUCACCUGCACAGUCCGGGUAAACAAUCGCGAAUACCAAACCGAAAGCGUCUGCGCUUCGGAGGCACUAGCCCAAGAAAGCGCAGCUAUGCGCGCAUACCUAAUUUGCCGCAAUUUCUCCGUCAACGAUGGCAUGAUCCCUGCGGGUCAUGCACGGGCGCAUGGUGGGGCCGUGCAGGGCAUUCCUGUUGCCAUUGGGACUGGACGGAAAACGAGAGAUGAUGACGAUACCGAGGGAAGUACUAGCAGUGGAGGUAGUUGGAGUGGAGGGAGUAGUCCUGAGCGGAUGAUGAGGUUGGACCGGGAGUUGCAUUUGGGUAUGGGUGGGGGCCCAGGAACGGACUCGAGUUCGGGAUCCGGCUCUGAAGGGGGCACGAGACCUGCUUCUUUGGUUGGGAUGAUUGAUUAUGCUAGGGAGAUGUGA